AUUGUUACAGCGCUACAUUUGUACGCCUGGGUUAUGUGGUCAUAUGGGCUGAUGAUGGUGGUGUUGACUUGUGCCGUCUUCUGGUUGACGAUACGUCCAGCGCGGCAUUACUGGCGGGAGUGCUACACAAAUGUUGGAGUCGUGAUCGCUGUUUAUCCUUUGGUAACUAUAUCAGCGUUCUUAGUGCUAGUGGUGCCGCGCGCGCGCAUAUUGGGAGAGGCUGUGGCUCAGAUGGCUGUUAUGAUCGCCAUGUAUCAUUUGUACUGCAUGAUGAUCGCCGAGGGUGGCGGACCUGAGAACCUUGUGAGGAGAGCAGGAGGAGCUCGAAUGGAAACUCGAGUACUGCCGUGCUGCUGUUGGCCAUGCUGUGUUAUUCCGAAACCAAAGUUAGAGACGCGGUAUUUGACUUGGAUACGAUAUCUCGUUAUGCAAAUGCCAGUUGUUCAAGCGUUGCUGUAUAUCAUUAUGUUGGUAUUGUGGGCUGAGGAUAUAAAUCUGUACUUGAAUAGCUACUUUUACAUGCAACCAUUUAUAGUAGCGUCGAUUCUAUUGGGAGUCUGGGGAACCAUAAUGUGCGUACGCGUCUUAGAGUCUGCUGGCUUCACUCCGCGACCGAGGUUCCUCGCUCUUCAAUUGGUUUUGCUCGUCGUGAACCUUCAGUGUGGCUUAGCUAAAGCCCUGCCUAAAUUUAUGACGCUGCCAUGCAUUAUGUCUUUGCAUCCGUCUGUUGUAGUCCAUAUGAUCCAAAACAUCAUAAUGAUGCUAGAAAUGCUGCUGCUUUCGUUAUGGGCGAUGUGGUUAUAUUGUCAGCCGCCUGGCAAGGUAUCGGAAAAAGUACAAGUAGUCAUUACAGUGUCGGGCGAUAGCCACAUAAAAGAAGAUAUUGACAAAUCGAUCGUGCAUAAUACGGAUAUAAAAAUGUAAUGUAAAUGAUAUAUGCUCGAUGUUCGAAACACUACCGUCAUUGUAUUACGUAAUAUCAUAUCGGUAUGAUGUUUCAACAUAUUCACGAAGCCAUGUAGAUGGUCUUCGGAAUCGAGGAAAAGAGGGUUUCAGCGUUUAGGAUAGCGCUUCGAUAUCGAAGUUUCUAGUUCUACACCCGCACUCACUCGGCUUAUGAAAUUCACUGUUAGACAUUGGUUUAGUUGCUGUUAGCGUUUCUUCCAUUAUUUCUACAAAAUCACCUUAACUUCAGAACUAAAAAAUAUGUAGGUAUUAAUAGAUGUAUAUAGUCUGUGGUACCUACUAAUAAAAAAAUUUGUCAUCGUUCAAGAGCUUUUCUUUUGCACUACACUUUGUGUUGUGAUAUGUGAUUAUUGUAAUGUACUAAACAUGAAGUAGUUUAGGUGUUUACUGUUACUAGUUGCAUUAUAA